CUCACAAGGGCAUCCACCAUACACCAUGGCAGAGUAUGAUAUCACUCAGCGCCUCAUACCUCACCUCGACAGGCAUUUGGCCAUUGUCAUACUGAAUCACCUCGCCGACAUUGACGUGUUUCCCGCGGGGCAGAUUGCCAAAGCUCAAUAUGACCUCGGGAAAGCGACCAACAUGGUGGACUAUGUGCAGGGGCUGCAUGAGCAGCUGCCGGAUGCCGAACCUACGGACUUUCAACGGUUGAGGGAUGAGGCGACGGCCAAGUACACUGAUCUGCAGGAGAAGGCCCAGCCAGUCAUGAAUGUGAUUGCGGAUCCCGAGGCGGUGGCAAAGUUGAGGAGUGGAGUUGACAGGGAGAAGAAUUUGGAAAUGCUCCGGUCGGAAUACAACAUUAAUAUCGAUCAAAUCAAUGCGUUGUAUCAUUUUGGACAGUACCAAUACACGCUGGGAGCGUAUGCUCAGGCGGCCAACUUUUUGUACCACUUCCUGCUCUUUUCUCCUUCCUUCGAGCUCAACAUUUCGGCUCACUGGGGAAAGUUAGCGUCCAAUAUUCUCAGCGGAGAAUGGGAGUCUGCCCUCACCGACGUCAAGGACCUCCGUGAUGCGAUCGAUAACCCCCACGGUACAAGUAUGGCGAAACCAUUGGCUCAAUUACAAGCUCGGACGUGGCUGCUCCAUUGGUCUUUGUUUGUGUUCUUCAACCAAGCACAAGGGUGCCAGGGCUUGCUCGAGAUGUUCCUGGCGCCAGCAUACCUCAACACAAUUCAGACAUCGUGUCCCCAUCUCUUGCGAUAUCUCGUCGCUGCAGCUGUCAUCUCCCGUCGCGCGCCAAAGGUCGGCAGGGCCAGGGAUCACAUCAAGGAUCUCACCCGGAUCAUUCAGUUGGAGGAGUAUCAGUACUCGGACCCGGUCACCGGCUUUUUGAAGGACUUGUUCACCGAUUUCGACUUUGACAAGGCGCAAGAGCGACUGACGGUGGCCGAGAGUGUCGUGAGAGAAGACUUCUUCCUCUCUGGGUUUGCAGACGAUUUCGUAGAGAAUGCCAGGUGGUUGGUGUCCGAGGCGUUUUGCAGAAUACAUCAGAAGAUUGACAUUGAUCAACUAUCGCGUACGCUCAACAUGUCGACUGAGGAGGGCGAGCGAUGGAUCGUCAACUUGAUCAGGGAUUCAAGAAUGGGCGUGGAAGCAAAGAUUGAUCUCAAGUCGAAUAUGCUGCACAUCUCGAGACAGAAUACGACACCGACUGCGACGUUGAUUGAAACGACGAGGGGACUGGCAUUCAGGUCUCAGGCAGUGCAGUAUGCGAUGCAGAAUGCGUCCGGGGAGAGGGAGAGGGGUGAGAGAGGUGAGAGAGGGGAGAGAGGUGGGCGAGGGAGGGGACGGGGCGGCAGGCCAAAUGGAACGGCCAGAGCUUUGCCAGAUGCCGUCCCUGAGCCAUCAGAGGUCGCCGCAUAGCUGGGCAUGUAUGUGUAUAUGCUACAAAAUUCAGGAGUUAGAGGAUCGGUAGGUGACAUCUCAUGCCAUCUCUGUGGGGUGACAAGCUACAAAUCGGACCGGAUCGUGGUCGUUUCGAUUUUGCUACACUGGGAACAUCCGGGCCGAGCAUGGUACCAUGUCGGUUGCCAGAGACUUGAGGUUAGCAGAAUCGAGCAAGACGAUGAUAGUGCGUGUCUCCCAUGUAGGUAUUCUGAUACGCAUCUGCGAUGGUCUUGCCCAAUGAUGUGGGUUCCUUGUCCCGCACAGACCGCAUGUGCUGCGGUGCAGACUUCGACUACGCGGUCCCUAUCGCUGUCUCCAUUUUGUUCGUCUCGAUGUGGAGCAUCAAUCAUACCAGAAUCCUGAGGACUGAGGUCAGGCGAAAGGGAUGGGUCUUAUUACAUUGUAGCUCUUAUCUGGAGACCUUUCUUCGUGUGAAUGACGGUUACG